CUGUACCGUGUCCGCAGUCUCUGGUCAUCUCCUGUACCGUGUCCGCAGUCUCUGGUCAUCUCCUGUACCGUGUCCGCAGUCUCUGGUCAUCUCCUGUACCGUGUCCGCAGUCUCUGGUCAUCUCCUGUACCGUGUCCGCAGUCUCUGGUCAUCUCCUGUACCGUGUCCGCAGUCUCUGGUCAUCUCCUGUACCGUGUCCGCAGUCUCUGGUCAUCUCCUGUACCGUGUCAGCAGUCUCUGGUUAUCUCCUGCACUGUGUCCGCAGUCUCUGGUCAUCCCCUGUACUGUGUCUGCAGU